AUGGAUGUUAGAAAGAAAUAUAAUGUAACACAUUCUUACACAGUUCAACCAGUUACAUUAGCUGAUGGUCAUUUAUUAGACAAGUUCUUACUCAUCCUUCAAGAAAAAGAAAAUGAAUUUGGUAAAAGAGUGGAAAAAAAAUUAAUUGUACCAUCAAAUGUUGUAGUCAGAGCUUCAAAAUCAGGAAAAAGCAGCGGUGAAAAACAUCACGUUUUUUUAAAUGAACUUCUACGUCCCUUGGUCGGUAGAAGAUUUCUUCUCUUCCUUGAUUCUUGGAAAACUCAAGCUGAUCUAACAAAAUUUAGAGCAGUAUUUCCUAAUCAAGAUAGUCAAUUAUUAAUUUUUCCUGAAGGAUCAACCGGUCAUAUUCAACCACAAGAUCUUUCUUUAUUUCGUUCAUGGUGA